UCUCAGUGCAGUCUGAGUACACUGGGCAGGCAGGGUGAGGCAUUAUGUGGGGUAGAGGGCAAGUGGCAGGCAGUCUGUCAUAACCGCCUGGUGGUUUUGCCUCCUAGGCAGCCUCAAAGAGGGAGACAGACAGAAAGAGAGAGAGAGAGAGAGAGAGAGGGAGGCUUGAUUGUUCAUGUGGGAGGUGCUUGACUGUGUGUGCAGGAAAGAAUCACAAAACUGAGAGAGGGAGAGGCACAGGAAAAGAGCAGGUUUGAUUGUUUUAAUAUUUUAGUUUUAGGAGCAGAAUAUAGCAGUGUUUUUGUGAGGGAGGUUGGUCCGGGAUCCCUCUUCCAGGUUGAGGAGUCUGUCUUAACUUCAGCUGCCCCCCUUUCCUUUUCUGCAACCCCUGCUGCCCUUGGUAGCAGUGUGGCAGCCACCCAUUGGACCUUGGAGAACGGCAGGGAUGAGCACAUGAAGGAUGGCACGGCGUGUGACAUAAGCUGUGCGUUUAGCUGCCGCCCGUGUCCAGCAAACCUCCUCCCUGUGCUGCCGGGGGCCGCCGGCUGAGCCCGCUGCUCUGCGCCAUGUCGUCCCUGUACACCCGCAGCAAGGACCUGUCCUACACCAGAAGGUCGCCGUCGGACCUGCCGCUGUCCAGCUGCUCGCUGACAACCCGGAGCCUCAGACAGGAAAGGACAUCCAGGGUGGCAGCUGGACUGGGCUCCACUUCCCAGGAUGGUGCCACGGACAGAGGGCUUGUCCGUUCCGCCUCCUACACCAUCCCGAGGGAGACCCCAGUGGUGAACCUGAGCAGAGUGCAGGACAAGGCUGAUCUGCAAAACUAUAAGAAGAUGUACGAGGGCGCCCUGGCCGAGAACAAGAAGCUGAAGUCCAGGAUGGAAGUCAACAAGCAGGAACUGACCAAGAUCCAGACACAACUGGACAAAAUCACCCAGAAACAUGACAGGAUAUCUGAAAUGGUGCUAGAGACAGAGAAGAAGGAAAAACGGGUGCUGGAGAAACAGGUUUCAGAGAUGGAGGAAAAGUUCAAGGUGCUGACGAACCUGAAAUCCGAAAACCAGAAGCUGAAGGACGAGAACGGAGCUCUGAUUCGCGUCAUCAGUAAGCUGUCCAAAUGAAGGGGAUCCCCAUGUCACAGCUCCUCGUCCCGGCUGCACAGGACUAUUGGGAAUGCUGGGAACAGAGGUGCAAGACCAACAGUCUGCUUUGCAUGGGAUUUCCCCACUUUGCUCUUCAACACUAUGUUCACUUUGCUUGAAUCCUGAUUUUUUUCUGUUCAUGUCACUAAAAGUCAAGGAUAAGGUGCCUCCCUGUGGUGAUUUGUAAACUGUUGCUGAGAAAAUGACCUCUGUGCUUUUCAGAGUUUCCACACAGGCUCACAAAUUUGACUGACUUUUCAUAAUACCAAAGCUUCAUUUUUAACGGGCACGAAUAAAACUCACUGUAAGGACAUCACUGUCCCCCAAUAAGCUCCUAUCUCCCAGCAGACAGAUCUGCUCACCAACCAAAGGGAUUCUUGCACUAUUUUCUCCAAUAUUUAUCUUCUGCUAAAGUAACAACGUAUUUCUUUUUAUUUAAAAUUGCUUUCACCUAAUGAGGAAUGCAAAUGUGUAAUUGGUGAGUCAGAUGAGACAUUUUUACAGGAUAAUCCAAGAUCGUUUAAUUAAUUGUUUUUUUUUUCCUGUAGGAACAUGACCACAAAAGCUGAUGUCUUGUUAAAAAAAAUCUAUACAAUAAAAUAUGCCAGAAAGGCCAUUCUGGUAAAAAAAUA